UAGAACCUUUUGUGUGAGGGCUUGCCAAACCCUUUUCAGGAUUGCUUAUCCACCUUUGGUGUCCACCUUUUACCCAACUCAUUGGUUCCAAGAAACCACAGCAUGUUGUGACCACGAAAAUAUGGGUUUCAAGACUGUUAAUUGCCCAAACUGUAAAGAUAAUUUUUAGCGUCUUGAUUUUAUAUCAAAAAUAAGUGGUCGACCUCCGGCGGGCAUACAGCCCGCAGCUAGCGGCCUGAGACCGGCAGACUGCGGCUCCCAGUCUAGGUGGCAGGUGGCGCACUGCCUAGUUGCCGCGGAGGAAGAUGAAUGGGCGGGCCCGGGUGCUGUACUUUGACAGCUGGGUGCGGGUGCUGAAGUUGGGAGAGAGUUUUGAGAAGCAUCCGCGUAGCACCUUCCACACCGUGCGUUAUGACUGUAAACCUGCAUCUAUUGACACCUCUUGUGAAGGAGAUCUUGAAGUUGGCAAAGGUGAACAGAUGACAAUAACACUGCCAAAUAUAGAGAGUAGAAGAAGCAGUAAAAUUCAGUCUCUACUAGGAAAGCAGCAACAACAACAACAGAUGAGAAAUGCAGUCAAAACACCCAACAAUGUGAAACACUCUCCACCAAAAGAAAAAAUGUCUCCAGAAUCUCCUAUGGGUGAUAUUGAAAGAGAACUGAAGGCAGAAGCAAGUAUAAUGGACCAGAUGACUAGUUCUGAUAGCUCUUCAGAAUCCCAAAGUUCUUCAUCUUCAAGUAGUGAAGAUGGUUCUAGUGACUCAGAAGAUGAAGGGUGCAAAAACUCUCAUUCUAACUCAGUAAAAUGUGUACUUGUCCAUCAAACCUCAUCUGCUAAACCAAAACAAUGGAUGCCUGAUACAGAGGCCAUGCAGAACAGAUCUCACAAUGGAAGUGGCCUUCUGAUAAAUACAUUAAGAAACGAUUUGCAGUUGAGUGAAUCAGGAAGUGACAGCGAUGAAUGAAGAAAUUGUGGGCCUUAACAUGAAUAUUUUUAAAAAUUAGAAUAUCAGAAAAUUUGUUUUGCCCUAAGAUUAAAAUUUCUCAAGACUGGGAACUGUCUCAACUUUUGAUGAUAAUGGAAAUGUAAUUUGAUUCUGAAUUUUCUGCUGAUGUUAUAUGGAAACAACACUGCUUUGAUCUACUUAGUUUAUUUAGUUUCCUGAGUUCAAAUCUGGCCUCAGAUACUUACUAGCUGUGUGACCCUGGGCAAGUCACUUCCGUUUCCUCAUCUGUAAAAUGAGCUGGAGAAGGAAAUGGCAAACCACUCCAGUAUCUUUGUCAAGAAAAGCCCAAAUAGGGUCAUGAAGAGUUGAA